AUGUUUUAAUCAAGUCAUGAAUUAUUAAACCAAUAUAUUAAACAAUCACUUCAAGGACAGGAUAUUAAAAACAUUAAAUCAAUCUUUUGUUUUUUAGAAAAAAUAGAUAAUCUAAUAAUAAAAGAAUCAAUUAAAAAUAUUAGAAACCAAGAAGAAUUUAUUAGUUUAAAAGUGCUUUUUGAUCAUAAAAUAAUUUUAAUUACUUUUUUGUUUAUCAAGAACAACAAUACUGAAGAAAUAUUUGAACUUAUUCCUUAUCUUAAUACAUUGAAUCUCUAAUAUAGUUAAACUAUUGUUUCAAUUUUAGAUGGUUCAUUAGGAAUAAUAAUUGAAGAAGGUAGUUUUAUUUCAUUAAAUUAAAUGAUUAAUAUUAAUCAAAUGAAUUAUGAAAAAAUUAAAUAAUUAGCUUAUGAUUUAGUAGAAUAAUUAGCUAUUUUACAUUAAUAAAAUAUAUGCUUAUUCAAUUUUACUUUAAAUGAUGUUUAUUUAAAUUUAGAAUCAAACAAGUUUUUAAUUAAAUUUUGUUCUGAUUUAUUAAGAGUUUAAUCUGAUUAAUUCAUAUUUAAUUAUUAACAAAAUGUUUACAUGGAUCACAAUUUUCCUAUACCUGAAUUAAUAUAAUUAGAUCAUUAAGCAAAAUAAUAUAAAAUUUUAAAUCCUUUUUUGAUUGAUACUUGGAACUUAGGAGUUUUAAUUCUAAAUACUUUUAUGAAAAUAAAUUAAGAAACAUCUACUGAUUUAAAAUAUUUAUUAGAAAAAUAUUUCUUAAAUGUUUGUGGAAUUGAUUACAUUUUAAUGGGUGGAAUUUAUUAUAAAAAUUAAAAUGAUUUAUAUUUUCUUCUAUAAGAAACAAAUAGAUGUUCAAUAUUUUAAUUCAUACAAUUAAUUAAUUGUUCAAAAUUAUUAAAAUUAUGUGAAACUAAUCUUGAUGGUUCUGAUGAAUUUACUAAUUUGGCUAACUGUUGUGAAACAAUAAAGAAAUAAUAUUUAAAAAGUAAAAAAUUAAAAAUAAAAUCUAUAAAUAAUCAUAUGAUUAAUUUAGAAUUUAUGGAAGAUUUAAAUUAAAAUUAAUUAUCUAUUCAUAAUUAAAUCCAAUUAACUCUUGGAUAAUUAUUAAUUAAUUCUUAAAUCAUAAGAAUUAUUCCUCAAUUUUAGAUAUUUCAUAAUACAAAUAAAUUAAUUCUAGAUUCAAACCUAACCAAUGAAAAAUUAAUAUAGAUAAUCAUGACAUUUUAAGAUUUAUAAAUAUAUUCUAUUGACACAGAAUCUCUACUCUUAUUUCUUUAAUAUCAAAAUAUUAACUUUAAGAAAAUUCUUAAGUUAUAAAAAUAAUUCUAAUUUGAAAUACAUAAUUUCAUAUUUUAUGAUAAUCCAAAUAACCAAAAUUUAUUGGAUGAAUUACUUAAUCUAUUCAAUAAUUUCAACUUAAAUCGUCUCGAGAUUAGAUAAGAUUAAAUUAUAUUUAAUUAGAAUGAAUAAUUUGCUUAAAAUAUUUUUAAUAAAAUAAAUUUGAAUCAAAUCAGAGUUCUAAUUUUGAGUAAUACAUAUAUAACUGAUCUAACCUUACCAAUUAUAUCAACAUUUUCUUCAUUAUCAAACCUUAACUUAUCAAAAUGUUAAUGUUUAACUACUCAAGGACUUUGUGGAUUUUUCAAAUAGUCUUAAUUUUGUAAUCUUGUUACUUUAGAUAUAAGUAAAACUAAAUCUAAUGAAACAGUUUUUGAUGCUGUAUGGAAAAACAAAUCUUUUAUUGCUUUAACUAGUUUUAAUAUUAGUGAAUGUUCUUUCAUUAAUUUAACUUUGAUAACAUAAACAAUUGCUUAAAUUAAUGCUAAAUAGGAAAAAGUUUAAGAAUUAUAUAUGUCAGGUUGUGACUUAAAUAACUCUGUAUUAACAGCUUUGUAAUAAAUAACAUUCUUAAAUUGUUUGGAUAUAUCAAAUAAUCCUAAACUAAAUUAAUUUUAUAGUUUAAAAAGAGAUAAUAAAUAUAAUUAUUUAAAUUUAGAAUAAUGUGAAAUGAAAUCAUAAGAUAUUAUCUUUGUCUUAAAUUUAGAAUGUUUAAUAAAAUCAAAAUUAUUAAUUUCAACUAGCUAAAAUACAUCCAUUUACAAUAUAUAAAUCAAAUAAAGAUCAAUCUCAUUAACAAAUCUUUAAGUCAAAAAUAUUUAAAUAGAUUCAGAUGUUUCAGAAAUCAAAUUUAUCAACCUAAUUAUUGGUUAGAAAAGAGUAUUUCUCUCAUAAGAAUUCAAUAAAUUAACUAUAUUAUAAUUACAAAAUUGUUAAAUUGAUGACAAAGAUGUUAACAUAUUAAGUUCAAAUUUAAAUUUAAAUUAAUUAUAGUAAUUAAACUUAAGUUAGAAUAAUUUAAGUGAUAGUUCAUUAAUUACAAUAUUAUCUACAUUUAAAUAACUAAUUAAUUUAGGAUUUGAUAAUUCUAAAAUCACUGAAUUAUCAAUAUAAUAUAUAAUUGCUUCUAAUUUAAAAAUUCUAAGUAUUAGAUUUUGUCUAAUGCUAUAAGCAGAUGAUAUAUUGAGUUUACUUACUAAUUUAGGCAAUAAACUUGAAUAAAUAGAUAUAAGUUACAAUUAAAUCAAUAAUGCUUUAAAAAAGUAUCUAGAAAAUGAAAAAUUUAAUCUAAUAAUAAUUUUUGAUUAAAGUAAUAGUGAACAUGAUAAAAAAGAAUAAAAUAUUUAAUCAUUUAAAAAUUGA